CGCUCGGCGGGCGCCACCGUCUCAUCAGGGGAGCGGGGGCUGCCCCGGGUGCGGGUGAGUGGCGCGGCACCAAGCCACAAGGGACGGAGGGGCACCGGACACGCGGGAAACAGCGGGACAAACAGGAGGGGGCCGAGCUUUGGUUCCCGUAGUCUCGUGGCGGGCCAGGCGCAGAGCCCAGAGUAGCGAGCAACCUACACCUCCAGGCGGGAAGCCCAGGGAAGGAGCUGCGAGACACCAGGCGUGCGGCCCAGGAGCGGCGGGGAAACGGGAGCCGCUGGGGCACAAGAGUGGGAACGACAGGACCCUCGGCUGCAGCUGCCCACGCGCGGAGGGAGCCACACCAGAGCACCAGCGGGGCCCAGAGCCCGGCGGGGCGCGGGAACAGGGGCGCCCCCGUGCGGAGCUGCUGGGCCGCCUCGGAGCGGCGGCUGGGGCCAUGCUCAAGCCCAAGGACCUGUGCCCCCGAGCGGGUACGCGCACCUUUCUGGAAGCCAUGCAGGCGGGCAAAGUGCACCUGGCCCGCUUUGUACUGGAUGCGCUGGACCGCAGCAUCAUCGACUGCCGCGCGGAGCAGGGUCGCACGCCGCUCAUGGUGGCGGUGGGGCUGCCGGACCCCGCGCUGCGCGCGCGCUUCGUGCGGCUACUGCUGGAGCAGGGUGCGGCCGUGAACCUGCGGGACGAGCGCGGCCGCACGGCACUCAGCCUGGCGUGCGAGCGCGGCCACCUGGACGCGGUGCAGCUGUUGGUGCAGUUCAGCGGCGACCCCGAGGCGGCCGACUCGGCGGGCAACAGCCCAGUGAUGUGGGCGGCGGCGUGCGGCCAUGGGGCGGUGCUCGAGUUCCUGGUGCGCUCUUUCCGCCGCCUCGGCCUGCGCCUCGACCGCACCAACCGAGCGGGUCUCACGGCGUUGCAGCUGGCAGCCGCCCGCGGCCACGGGACCUGCGUGCAAGCCCUCACCGGGCCCUGGGGCCGCGCGGCCGCAGCCGCCGCGGCCCGGGGCUCCAACUCCGACAGCCCCCCUGGCCGUCCGGCUCCCGCGCCCAGCCCGGAGCGCCGACGACCCAGCCCCCGCCGCUUACCUCGGCCUCUCCUGGCGCGCUUUGCGCGAGCGGCCGGCGGCCACGGUCACGGCGACGAGGCUGGGUCAGGGGGCAAGGGCUCGGGCCGGCACCGAGCACAGGGCAGCGAGAGGCCCGAGCUGGGCCGAAGCAUGAGCCUGGCGCUGGGUGCUGUAACCGAGGAGGAAGCGGCUCGGCUGCGGGCGGGAGCCCUGAUGGCUCGACCACACUCGCCCCAGUCUUCAGGGACCGGGCGGUGGCGUUCGCAGGAGGUCCUGGAGGGAGCGCCUCCGGCCUUAGUGCAAGCCCCCAUUGGCCUUAGCCCCCACCCGGAGGGCGGCCCCGGCUCUGGCCGUUUGGGUUUGCGUCGACGCUCCACCGCUCCAGACAUCCCCAGCCUGGUCGGGGAGGCAUCAGGGCCCGAGAGCGGCGCGGAGUUAGAGGCCAAUGCUCUGCCCCCCUCGGUGCCUGGGCCUCAGCCUUGGCAGGUGGGCACGGAGGCCGUGGUGCUGCACGCUCAGCGGUAAAUAGCGUCGAGGUUGAGCCCUGUGUCCCCUCCUCUUAUGUCUCUCCUCCCCUGGGAUUUCUUUUUUCCAGGUCCCUCACUUUCCUGGCAGUUUCCUGGCCUGUGAUCCCAGAACCUGUCCCCACUGCCCAGGCCAGACCCCUACCAAUUCUCUCUCUGAAAAGAACCCCUAUUUUAUUUCUUUUGUGUGUGUGUGCUUGUUGGUAUUCCCUGCCUAGGUCUCUCACUGUCCCUAUAGCCUACCUUUCCUGUCCUGGAGGGGAGGAGUAGAAGACUGGUUCUAUAGGCUACAGCCUUUCAGCCAGGAAGAUGGACCCCCUACUCUGAGCCCUAAGGCUCAGUUCUGAGUCUUGCCGACUCCUGCUGGGUCACCUCCUCCUUACCAGUUUCCCACACCCUGGCAGCCAGACAGCCGAAGAGUUGACUUGUAGAAAAAAGGCCUAGCCUCCCCCCUCUGCCUAGUGAUGUGGCUGGCAAUGUUGCAUGCCACCAAAGUGUCCCUUCCUGUUAAGUGUUGGAGAAGGAGAGCAAGGAGACCAGCCUUUGAGCCCUUCUGGACAGGAGGGCUGAUUAGGAAGGAAUCUGGAGGUUAAGUUUUUUCUGGGGAGAAACUCCUGCCUCAAGAAAAUGAGAGCAUAUUUAGGGGUGGCAGAGGCCCUGGUAUUGAAGGCUAGUUGUCCCCUGAAAUAGCUUCUGGGUAAUUCCAGCUCCGCAGACCCAGUUUUCAACUUCACUGAUGAUGUGGGGUCAUUGCCCUACAGCAACAGCUACUGAGCCCAGCUCCCAGCACCUGAGCCGAGCUUCAGCUCAGCUGCAUUUGAGUUUUAUCUUUGAGGUCUCGCCCCUCAGGGCCCAGCCUUAUUUCCUCUCACUCUUAGAGCCUGAAAUGGAAAGGACUUGGCACUUCCCCGCCCCCACCACCUCCCAGCUCCCCCGGCCCGCACGUGGGUGCUCCGGCAGGGUGGAAUGGUUGCGAAGGCUUGGUUUAAUUGUAUUUCUUCCAAUCCUCAAAGAACUCGUGUUUUGAGUCUUUGUAUAUGAAGCAGAAAGCAGCGGGUCUGAUCCGAGGCUUAAGAACCUGACAAUGUCUCUUUAAAUAGAAGCUCUGCGAGGGGGAUAAUUGACUGAAGUGUUUGCCACGUUAAACGGCGGCGCGCGGGAGUCGGGAAGCCCACACGAGCCGCAGGUCCGGGUUUAAAUUACAUCAAACUCCUGCGAGAGCUGGAAGGGGGCUGUUAAAGGGCUCCUGCUUCUCGCUGGGCCGUUAAUGGAGGGCAGGGCGGAUGACGGAUGCUGGAGGUCGAGACCAAGGACCCCUGCCUCUGCCCCCGCGCGUGGGACUCAGGUCCCGCCCAGCUUCAUUACUGGGCAGAUUAAUGAAUCAGAGGCCACCGCGGGGAGGUGGUUAAAUGCCCUUUCCCGGCCUGGUCCUUCCUCUUCCCCUCCCUCCCUGCCCUCCUCU